ACACUCAAUGUACUUCUGAGAGUGAGGAGCAUUGCCGCUGUGGACACUGUGGUAUGGACAAAGUCCGGUCAUCAGGGACCAAACUGGAGGAAAGCAUUCUUUGACAUCAGCCCUAGUGGAACUUUCCAGAUUGUCUUUGAAGGGAUUCGAGGUCCAAAUUUUGAGGGAGACAUUGCCAUUGAUGACCUGUCCAUCACCAAAGGAAAAUGCAAGCAAGAGAACACUCUCGCUAACGCA